AUGAUUUACGAAAAUUUUCAUCCAGAUGAAAAAUACACAACUCGAAUUAAGAAUAUUUUGACUGAAUACCCAGAUGGUUCCCAAAUCCUUAGAGAAAUUUUACAAAACUCUGAUGAUGCGAAAAGCACUGUUCAAAUUUUCAUUUUGAAUCAUAAAACCUAUCCUUCUAAAACGUUGUUUGAUUCAAAACUUAAAAGAUAUCAAGGCCCUGCACUUUUGUCUGCUAAUGACACAAUCUUUCAACCUGAUGAUUUUAAAUCUUUGGUUAGUUUGGCAAAUAGCGAAAAAAUCGAUAAAUAUGAUAAAAUAGGAGUUAUGGGCAUCGGGUUCAAUUCGAUUUUCCACAUCUCAGAUGCGAGCUCAAUUAUUUCCGGAUCUUCCUACGUUCUUAUUGAUCCCCAUGCGCGAAAAUAUUGUGAAAGAGAAGCGGGUCAGAGAGGUUUCGCGACCAAAUUCUUAAAACGUGAUAUGCUCAAUCAUCCUGAUCAAUUUGAGCCUUUUUUGGUUGAAUUCAUAAAAUCAGAGUUAAUUAAAAAGAAUCCCCAUCAGUUCGAUAAUAUUCCAGAUGGGUUUCAUAAUGGAACAAUAUUUAGAUAUCCACUUCGAACUUCUAGGGAUGUUGAGGAAUCAGAUAUUUCCAAUGAAGAGUACAAAACUGAACAAAUUAAAGAUUUGUUUGAUAUCUUUUUCAACGUUGACAAUAUUUCCUGCCUCUUGUUUUUGAAGCAUAUAGAAAAGAUUAUCUUUUUUGAACUUAAAGAAGAUGGUGACAAACCUGAACUCUUGUAUGAAAUUGGAGUUGAUAAUAUGAAGGAAAUAAUUCGUGAAAGGGAAUUAUUAACUAAAAAUAUGAUAUCAAUGAUGACAUCUCCAACGGGUCAAGAUUCUUUUGAAACGAUUUAUAAAAUGAAAUUUUUUCAAAAGGCUAAAGCUAAACGUAUCAACAACAAAAGUGAAUGGUUAAUAGUUAAUUAUAUUUCUAGCACGAAUGAUGAAAAAUAUAUUAAAUUCAAGAAUCAUAUUCGUGAUUGUAAAUUUAUACCAAUCGUUGGAUUGGCUGCACGAAUUGACAAAAUUACUAGAAAUAAAGGAAGGCUCUACUGUUUUUUACCCUUACCUGAUAGUUACGAUGACUUUUCUGUUUCGAUUAAUGGUUGCUUUGCCGUCAGUAAAAACAGAAGACAUUUAGAGAUUUCAAUGGAUGAAGAUCUGGCACCAGGUGAUCUAUUACGUCUUAAAGGUGCAUGGAAUAGAUAUUUAUUUGAAAAGGCUAUUCCCGAAGCAUGGAAGAAACUUUUAACAGAAAUAGUCGAAAAUGUUUCCCACGAAAAAAUUUAUACGUUUUGGCCAAUAUCAACUAAUGGUUCUUCUCAAGAAUUGGACACUAAGUAUAGCUUAUGGAAAAAUCUUUUACAAGAUCUUAUUAAUCUUCUCGAUCCUAAUCUUGGAGUUUUUCGUGGACCUUCAGGAUAUUUGUCAAUAAAUGAUGGACAUUUAAACGACAAGAAUUUCUGCAAAUCAUCCGACCUAUCCGAAAUAAUGGAAAAGCUAGGAUUUCCUAUCUUUGUAGAAAUUCCAGAAUCAAUCGUUGCAAACUUAGAAAAAUCUUUAAACUACAGAAAUAUUUUAAAAUAUAUUACGCCAGAAAAAGUAUGCGAUUAUCUUAAGAAAUCGGACAAGCCAAUAAAUAUUCUCCUUGAUUGUCUUGAUCGUCAGAAAAAAUUAAUUCUAUUGGAAUAUAUUCUUGAAGUGGAUGAUGUCUCUAAUCUCCAUGGAAUUCCAUUGCUUCCAACCGAAACUAAGGUCUUUAUGACUUUUGAGUCGAAAGAUAAUCCUGAAAAAUUUUUUUACAUUACUAGCAGAAAUGAGCAUAAACUUAUCGACAAAAAUUAUUUUGAAUUAAUCAUUGAUAAUGAAAUUGACGAUAAGAUUUUAUCAAAAUUAAAAUCUUUUGCGAAAAAUGAAAAAGAUAUUAAUAUACAAAUUCUUUCAGAAAUUCAAUUUAUAAUGGUUCUUAAGAAUUCAUUAGAUGGAUAUUCCGAAAAUUCUCAAGAAAUUCCAAUUGGAAACAACAAAAUUGAAUGGAUAUAUGAAAUUUGGAAUCAUUUACUACAAACCAACAGAAAUUUAUCAAAUUUUGAAGACCUUCACCUUUUACCAAUCAAAAAAGAUUAUACAAUUUUUUUGAGAAAAUUAAAUGCAACACCAAAAUGUUUAUGCCGUUCACAACAUUAUCAAUUGAUUGACAAUGUAACAAUUAAUAAUUUGAUUCAAAUAUUCAAAUUGUUAGGCUCUACCUUUAUAAGCGAUGAGUUUGAAAAAAAGAUUGUUUCAAAACAUCAAAAGCUUAAAAAUUAUUUGAUCGAAACCGAUAACGUUAUAGCAAUCUUAUUAUCCCUCAAAGAAGAUCAAUCAUUUCCAAAGAACAUCACUGAAUCCGAUCUACGUACUUCAGAAAAAAACUUAUUAAUUAAACACAUGGGAACUUAUUUGCGGCGUGAAUCUUAUUUUGACACCAAUCUAAUAAAAGUGUUAAGAUAUUUUCCAAUCUUUACCAAAUUAAAUGAUAAUAAAUCUAUAAGCAUUGAUUCAAUAGGUAGAGAAGAACAUUAUUUGCUACCUAAAGAUGAUGAAAAAUCAUUCGGGCAUAUUAUUUCACAUUGCAUAUUUUUGGAAACUCAUACUUCCGAUGACAUUAAUUUUCUUCUCGAAAAAGUACUCAAAGUUAAACGAUUAGAUCGAAGAACGUAUUGGAAAGAUCAUGUCAUUCGGUAUUUAGAUGAUCAAGAACCUGAUAUUCAAGAUCGAUUGGUUGAAAAGCUUUUUCAGAGAUGGGCGGUUAUAAAACCAUUUAUAAGGGGUCUUUCAGAAGUAUCAUUUGUUACAACUUCAUCACAAAGGAAAAAACCAAAUGAAAUCUUUGAUCCUAAAAACUCUCAUGUAAAAAAAUUAUUCUUUUCGAACGAAUCGUUUUUCCCGGCUGGAAAGUAUUUCAAUCAAGAAUAUUCUCAUAAAUUACAACUAUUAGGAAUGAAAUACUCAAUGACCGCGGAGGAUAUAAUUAAUCGAAUAGAUACUUAUGCAAGAUAUAACACCGGUGAACGAUAUUCUAAGUCUCUUGAACUGUUGAAAUAUAUUGAUUAUAAUUAUAAACAUUUUAUCCAUGAUUAUUCACUCCGUAAAGAAAUAUUGAAUAAGGUGUGGAUCCCAGUCUUAAAAGAAGGUGAAAAAACAUUUUCAAGACCUUUAGAAUGUAAAGAUGAAUUGCAUCAAAAUUUAGUUUCUUAUAUAAUGCCAAUAGUUCAACAUAAAAUCAAAAAUAAUGAUUUACGUCAAAUUUUUGAAUGGAAUAAUUAUCCGCCGACAAUGAAAGUAAUAGAACAAUUAUUAUAUUUAACAUAUUUGAUAAGGCAAAACCGCUCUAAUUUUGCCACAAGAAAUCAAAUUUAUGAAAUUUAUGGCCACUUAAACAAUGUCGUUAAAAAUCCAAAUAAUGAAAUAAACCUUUGGAAACAAAAAUUAUCGGGAAAAAAAUGGAUUUUUAAUGACGAUAAAGUUUAUUCAACUGAUGAAAUAGUAUUUUCAUCUAUAAUUAAAGGUGAUACGGUUACGCUUUCAAAUCACAAUAAAAAUAAUUAUUCGAAACUUUUUGUUGAGUUUGGAGUUAAACACAAACAAGAUUAUUUUGAAGCACUUAGAACUUAUGAAUUUUCAAAUAAGACGCAAAAAACCAUAAUCGAUAUGAUCGAACAUUUAUCUCAUACAGAAGAUGAAACUAAAUUAAAAGAAUUAUUAAUUCCAAACAUGAACGGAAAUAUGGUCCCUUGCAAGAAAUUAUUUUAUGAUGAUAUGGACACUAGAGCUAAAGAUUCAGAUAAAGAUUUUAAUCUUAUAGCACAUCCGGCAAUUUCAAGAAAUAUAGCAAAGAAAUUAAAGCUUAAAAAUUUCAGUGAAGAAUUCUUAAAAAGUAGAAUCGAUCUUGUUCGGCAAAAUGAGCAUUUAACUGCAAACUUUUUGAAAUCUAUUCUCGAAAAAUUUAAUCACGAUAAUAUUGUUUUCCAAGAAUUUCUUAAGAAUGCUGAUGACGCAGAAGCAAACCAAUUUUGUAUCAUUCUUGAUGAGUGUACAUAUCCAUCCGAAUCUUUAAUAAAAGAAGAUAUGAGAUAUUGGCAAGGUCCAGCAAUAUGGAUAUAUAAUGACAAAGAAUUUUCAUCAGAAGAUCUUGAAUCGCUUAAUGAUAUUGGUCGAUGCGCCAAGGAACCUGACAAAAUUGGAAAACACGGGUUGGGAUUCGCAUCAUGUUAUAACUUUACAGAUAUACCACAAAUAUUAUCAGGAUGGAAGAUAAUAUUUCUCGAUCCACAAAUAAAAAUUCUUUCUGAUAAACAAUGUAGCGGCUCUAUGUUUGAUUUUGAGAACUACAAGAACGAAGAAAGUCACAUAAUGAAAGCAUUUAAAGAUCAGUUCGAAUCCUAUUUAAAACUUGAAGGUUGUGGGUUCAAAGUUGAUUUUACCAAAAAAUUUAAUGGAACAUUGUUUAGGUUACCACUUAGAGUAAUUGAAAGUCCAAUUUCUAACAAAGUUUAUACCGCUGAUAGUAUUGAGAGAUUAUUGGAUAUUAUAAAGAAAGAUGCAAUUUCUGAAUUGAUUUUCUUGCGUAAUGUGAAAUCCAUCAAAGUAUUUAGGAAAAGAAGUUUAAAUAAUGUAAUGAAGACUUUAUGGGACGUUGAAAUUACAAAUGUUUCCACUGGAAAUCGUAAUUUACUUGGAAAAGAACCACAAGUACUUAAGCUCGAUGUUCAAUAUAAUGAAUUUGAUAAUCAUAGCGGUGAAAAAAGUACAUCAAAAACAGCCAAAUGGAUUAUAUGUUCAGGAGAGAAAGAUAAUAAAAAUUUCUGGAGCGCGAUUGCAGCAAUUGUUCCCGAAGAACAAAAUAGAGAAAUUUUCAUCGGAAAAUUUUAUUCUUAUCUUUCACUUUUAAACUCUUCCGAACUUCCCGUAAUUCUGCAUUCAAACGGUUGGGACCUUUUACCAAAUCGAAGAAACCUCUCAAAGAAUAGCGUAAAUAAUAUGAAUAUUUUAAAAAAUAUUUCUCAACUUCAUGUAAAACUUUUUGAAGAGUUUGUGGAAACUGAGAAGCAAAAGAAUGGUUGUUGUCAAAUUAUUUCUCAAUUCUGGCCAAUUCCCAAAACCGAAAAUGAUACAUUUAAACUUAAAGAAUAUGGUCAAAUGGUAUUAGAACAUUUAUGCAAAAAAAAUCCCGAGAUAUUCUGGUCUCCAUAUAGUGAUGGCAAAUACGUUAGCUUAACGAAUAGUAUCUUUAUAAAUGAUCAAACACCACAAAAUAUCGUAGAUUUUCUAAAUCAAUAUGAUCAACCUACAGUGAAAAUUGAAUCCGGGCAUCUAAAUGAAUUUAAGGAAAAAAAUGGAUUUCGGCAAGUUAAUCCUCAACUUAUUCGAAAUAUCUUAAAAGAUAAUGAAUAUAUAUUAGAUGAUCCGGAUUUGACAUUAUCUGAAAAGUUUUCUUUACUGAAAUACAUUCUUGAAGACAAAAACUAUAUAGAUCUCGAAAAAAUUUCUUUAGUUCCAUUAUUCAAAAAUAAUUUUGGAAAGUUUGGAACAGAAAAGAAUUAUAAUCUCGCUACAUUAGAAGAGCUAAAUUUAUUUCCUCAAGCUGGAUUAGAAUACUUCAUUCCUGUUGAUCUAUUAAAAUCACAUGAUUUGCUCUCAAUAUUUUCUGCCGAGGAAUUUCGCAAAGCUACAAACAUUCAUAUUUUUGAUGAACCAACAAUUAGACGGUUUUUACAUCAAGAGUUGCCUCCUAUAUCAGAAAGAGAUUGGGAUCCAUUAAAUUCAGAUUCAACAAUUCCAAAUCAAAAAUGGCUUAACGAAAUAUGGUCUAGAAUCUUAAAACAUUCACUAGCACCAUAUAGAUCUUUUCCUUUAUUAGAAGUAUACGACCCUAAUAAACAAGACCAGCACCAAUUGAUUAGCUUAGAAAAUGCAGCAUGCAAACCUUUAUUAGCUUAUCCUUCUGGUUUCAAUAACAGAUGGGAUGUAAUUCAAACAUUGGCAAAUAUCGGAAUUCGAUUUACUAAACAAAAAUAUAACGAAGCUCUCAAUGAAUAUAUUAAAUUAUUAAAACCCGAUAAUAUAUUAAAUGUUAUUGGCAAAUAUCGAUGUAUUGAAGAUCAACUUAUUGAUAAUAAAGAAGAUAAAGAGAAACUAUACCUAUAUUUUACCUUGAGAUUGUCUCCGUCAGAUUAUCAGAAGUGUAGUAAUAAACACAUAUUCGUGCUAUUACCUAUAUGGCCAACACAUACUUUAGAUACCGAAAAUCCAGUAUUCAAAUCAAUUUCGCAUACAAAUACAUAUCUGAUGCCUUCAGGUAUAAAAUCAUCGAAACCAUUCACUUUUUUUCCACAGAAUUCUUUCACUUUUUAUUACGAUGUAACAAAUGAGAGACGAAAAUUAUUAGAAGCUGCUGGAGCAAAAAAACGAAAUAGAUUAAGCUAUUAUAAAGAAACAUUUGUUCGUGAUAUGAUGGAAAUCCUUCCACAGCAACAAAAUUCGUACUCAGAACUUUUAAUUGAGAUGCUAUCAGAUAGUGAGAAUCUUAAUGUGAUUAAACAAUAUAUAAAGAAUUUAAAAAUUUUUCCAAAUGAAAAUUACCAACUUUAUGUUGCAAGAGAUUUAUAUGAUCAAGACCAUCCACUUCUUCAAGUUGUUUACAAAAACUCCAAUCGAUUUCUUCCUAAAUGCAUUCAAAGCAAUCAACAUUGCUUAAAUGUGCUUGAAGAAUUAGGAUUUGUAAGAAAAGUUACUCCAGCAAUAUUUAUCAAAUGUGUCAAACAUAUUAAUAAAUUGUUUAAUGACCGCAUAAAUAAUAUGGAUGAUCCUAAAUAUUUAGGAAGAACUGCUAUUCGCUAUUUAUAUAACAACCACUCUACAUUAAAAUUUUCUGAAGACGAAUGGAAGGAAUUAUCAGAAAUCAAAUUCGUUCCAAUCUCAAAGAAAUUUUUAAAAUACCCGUACUCAUAUAGUAUUAACAACAAAAUGGAAGAAUUGGAAUCUUUUGAAAAUUUAUGUCUUUCAAAAUACAAAAAUUUUGCAUGGACUCAAUUGGCAUUUUUCGAAAUUGAACCAACUGAGGAAGUUAUAAAAAAUUAUGAGAAACUUGGUCAACCAACUGUUUCAAAUAUCAUUAAUCAUUUAAGGACAAUUCAAUCCACACUAUCUAAAUCUGAAGAUUGGGAACAAAAGGGUGAUGAAUUAUUUGAUAUAAUUCAACAAAUUUACGAAAAAUUGGAUUCAUUAUGUGUCGAAAGUGAUGAUGAUCUAGCAUCAUACUUUAAUUCGGAUGAUCCUCCACUCUUUUUAAAUGGUACAGACCCAUUCGAUUCGGAAAUCUGGACUCCUGCCUCACAUUUAGAUAUAACUAUCAAAAAGGAUUUUAAACCAACCAGAAAAGCUACCGAAGAAUAUCUUAAAAAAUAUAACAAUCUUUUAAUUUUAGCCGGUGCAAAAAAAUCAAAAUUACUGGAAAACGAAAGAUUUAAAGGUUUUGAAGAAAAGAAUACACAAAAUUUAAUUAAAUCAAUGAUCGAUUCCUUAUGUAUUGGAGAAAAUACAAACGAACUUAAUGAUGUCUCAUUUAAUAUUAAUGGGCAAAAUUUCUAUGCAAAUUCGAUGAUAUUGGGUUGUGCAGCACCGUGUUUUAAAAGAAUUCGACGAUAUAACUGUGAUGAUGUUGAACCAGAUUCAUUUCAUAUUUUAUUACUAUGGUUAUAUGGUGAAUCGCUAUCUCAAGCUAUAAAUAAUAUUGGAAGAGAGGAGUACGAUGAUGAUUUUAUUCAAAUUUGUAAAGAUUUGUUAAAAUUAGCAAUAGUAUUUGAACUUGAAUCGCUUAAACGGCUGAUAGGACAUAAACUAUCUGCAUACCUUAAUAUAAAUUUGAACGAAGAAAUUCUUAAAGAAGUGAAGUCUCUGGCUAAAAAUGAUGAAUAUAAUCUAAAUGAUCUUUUAGAUUAUUGCGAUAUGUUAGAAAAGGAAUACUGUUAA